AUGAAAAAUAUAUCAUUACUUGUAUUUUUCUUUUUAUUUUUACAAAAUGUUUAUGGAAUAAGGUUUUUUAUAAGUUAUUUUUAUAAUGGGCUAGAUUAUUUUCAAAUUUCUUUAAAUGAUACUUCAAUUAAGACAGCUUCCCUUAAAUUAAAUGAUCAAGAUAUUACUUCAUUAUGUUCAUAUCUCUCAUCAGAGAUGUAUCAUUGCCCAAAUAUACCAAUAGCAGAUUAUAUUAAAAGUGGUGAGUUCCAAGCAACCUAUGAGGAUUGGACUUACAAAUCAAACUAUUAUUUUAGUCCACAAAUUUCCCAAGUUGUUUAUCCAUCAGGAAACCGUUUGCCAACAACAGGUGGUGUUGUUACAAUUAAUGGCCGUUAUUUCGAUAAAACUACAUUUAAAGGUACAUCAAAUAAUUUACAGUUAUUUUAUAGAGCAGUUGAAAUUACAGAUUAUACUUGGGUAGAUAGAACCCAAAUUGUUUUAAAUGUGCCACCAGGUACUGGUGGUGCAGGCUCAACAAAUUUUAAUAACAUAAUACGUGUUUCUAGUUACAAUACCAAUUCAGUUUUAACAGCUAUGAUUAGUUACCAAUAUCCAGCAACAGAAAAAAAUAUAGAGUUUGAUGACCAAACCAAUAUGAUGACAAUUUCUGGUUCUGACUUUGGUAAUCAACCAAACCUAGUAACUGUAUAUGCUUGUGGUCAUCCAAUAAACAAUAUUCAAAUGAUAACCCCACAUACCAAGGUUUCUGCUUUUUAUAAUCCAGUUGUAUUCAAUAAUCUAUCUUGUAACAAAGUAUUUUUAGGUGUCGAUGGUUUAAAUUCAACAUACUUGGCAGGCGAGUAUAGUAUUUUAUCAAUGAAACCAAGAAUUAUUUCAAUUUCAACUCCACCAGUUCAAGGAGGUAUCGUGGAAAUCAUAGGCAAUUAUCUUAGUAAUCAACUUGUAAAUGAUAUUGAUCGCCAAUGGAGAAUUUAUAUCAAUGGUGUAGAGUAUACUACUUGCACAUUAAUUGAUACUUGGAGACUAUUAUGUAAUGCCCCAGCAGGUACAUUUAAUUCAAUCCUUCCAGUUCGUCUAAGAGUCGUUAAUGAUGUCUAUUCAGAUGUCUUUAAUGCUGUGUAUGCCGAACAAACUAUUUCAAGUAUUUCAAAACUUCAUUAUACACAAGGUGGCACAAUUACAAUUAGUGGCUCCAACUUUUUUGCCGGUUCACUUAGUAUUACAGUUGGAGAAACUCCAUGUAUAUCACCAAAAUAUAUCGAUACUAAUACAGUUUCGUGCUAUUUUAGCGCAACUGUUCCACCAAAUCCAAAUGGCUUAACCGUAUCCAUUUAUUCUAUUAAUGGUCAAAUUAAUGUUCCUGGCGCUUUCCAAUAUUUUCCAGCUUUCCCACAAAAUAAAUAUUUAAAAAAUAACUAA